CGCGAGCUCACUCCUUGCCCGUCUUGAGCUCAUCGUUUGGGAUCUGCUCCUCAGGGAUGGCCGCCUCGGUUCUGGAGGAGGAAACACGUUAUGGCUCAAGUCCUUUGGCUAUGCUGACUGCCACCUGCAAUAAGUUCGGCAGCAAUAGUCCAGUUCGCGACACGGCCACACCUGGCAAAACAGUCAGCGCCGCACCAGUGAAGAAACCCUACAGCAUGUCUUCCGACCUCCAGGCACCUAAGAACGGGCGAGGCAGCGAGGGCCUCGCGGACUCUUACAGCAGCUCAUUUGGCACAGGGGGAGGUCUGCUCACCCCCACAGGCAGCCCCCCUCCGCCUCCAGGAGCCUACGGCUCUGACUACAACCCUUUCUCCUCAUUCCAGACCUCCACAGCCUCUCAGGACCCUUCACUCCUGGUGACCAAAGCCCACGCCACGGCUGACUGCCUGACUAGUGUCUACACCUCGUUGGACAUGACGCACCCAUAUGGCUCCUGGUACAAGGCAGGCAUUCACCCCGGCAUAACAGCAGCUCCUGCUAACGCCACCUCCUCCUGGUGGGAUGUCCACCCGGGCUCCAACUGGCUGAGUGCCAGCCAGACCCAACCGGAUGGUCUCCAGGCUUCAUUGCAGCCUGUGGCUCCACAGGCCUCACUAAGCCCUCCUAUGCCCAGCUAUAGCUCCGACUUCACCCCCCUGAACCCAGCCCCAUACCCCUCUGUGGGCCUGGGUUCCUCCUCGCAUCUCCUGCAGUCCUCCCAGCACAUGCUCCCACAGGACAUGUACAAGCCCAAGCCAGUCCCUAGUACUGGCCUCAUCGAGAACCCCAUGGGCUUAAAGCCAGCCCGUGGCUCUGGGGCUUACACAGGCAGUACAACUGGCACCAGCAGGUCUUCCUGCGACUGCCCCAACUGUCAAGAGCUGGAGCGGCUGGGUGCAUCAGCCGCUUCUCUGCGCAAGAAGCCUGUCCACAGCUGCCACAUCCCUGGCUGCGGAAAGGUCUAUGGCAAGGCUUCCCACCUCAAGGCCCACCUGCGCUGGCACACCGGCGAACGACCCUUCGUAUGCAACUGGCUUUUCUGCGGUAAGCGUUUUACACGCUCCGAUGAGCUGGAGCGCCAUGUGCGCACACACACACGUGAGAAGAAGUUUACAUGCCUGCUGUGCAACAAGCGCUUCACACGCAGUGACCACCUAAGCAAGCACCAGAAGACCCACUCAGAGGCUGGCCUUCAGGGAAAGGCUGGAGGAGGAGAAGGUGAGGCAGAGCCCAGGGGACCAGAGGAAUCUGCGGACCCCAGCACCGAUGGGGCCCCAUCUGGUCCAGGGAAUGGCCUACAGGAUCACACAGCUAAUGGAGAGGAGAAGAACGCCACGGGAAAUGUGGUGGAGAACAGCAGUGGACUGCUGGAGAUAUAACCUCCUGUCUAAAAUUUCUUCAGAUGGAGCUACUUUUACAUCGGUGCUAAUCAACAUGAAAUGAUGCGUCUUGAACAAAAUGUGCUUUUCUAUGACAUUUGUCUUGAAAAAGACUUCAUCAGCUCAGAGGGAAACAGUCUACCACUAACACAGGUAGUCUCCUGUGCGACAUGAAGGAACAUUGAAACAAGAAAAAGGAGAUGAACAGGUUUUUAUUCGUUUAUUAGGCAGGCAUAUAGAUGGCCAUCUAGUAAGGCCGAUGUCUUGGCAUCGCUUUUGUAGAUUCCGAUUCUUUUAGGAUGUUCGGUUGAAUUGUUAAUCUCUGUCCUUUCUGAGCAUUAUACACAGACCGAUGUCAUUUCAUUUGUCAUUAUCCAGUGGCUUGCCUGGCACUUUGGCCUUUACCAGCAGUUCCUUUACGAAACAUUUACAAUGUUUAUUACAUGUAGAGACUUUUUAGUUUCUCUUCUUUAAGCGCAAACCUUUCUGAAGGCAUAAUGAUUGUUUCAGAAGCCCCUAGCAGAUCAGGGCUCUUCAGCCGGUUUGGCUGGAAGGAGGGAGUCAGGUGUACAGUCUAGUCUUUGCUUUGAGUUCCAUGUUGAUCCAUUGCUUGUCUUAUUUAAUGUCCUAUUUACAUGAAAUUUAAUUUAUGUCUUAAAUUAUGAACAUUUGAGAGACAAUCUUACAUUUUACUGGCAAAAUGGAAAACAGACAAUGAAUCAAAGCCAGACAUUAAGACUUUUCAUUUUAUGUGAUUAUUUAUUUAUUUUUUAGACACUUGAUUUUCAGAUUUUGCUGGCUGUUCUAUGCAUUUUCUUCAUAGUAUCAUAAAAAACAAAUUGUAAGGUUUAAAAUUGAUUUUUUUUAAUGACAUGUUAUUUUAGUCACUUUUUUUGUUUGUUUACCACUAUGUACAUAUGAGACUCAAACCAUGAAAUGUUUCCAAACCCCAGCCAACUGUUUGUGUCUGAUUAAAUUAAGUGAAAUUCA